AUGGCGCUCUGUGGUUGUUCCCAGGAGGAGGCCCUGAAAAUUUUAGCUGCACCCAACCGAAAUGUAUCAGCAGCUAUGGCUCAGUUCGUGAUUGAAGGUAAACUUCCGGAAACCCAAACACGUCAAGAAGAGGCAGGAGACCUAUCGAGUGGAAGCGACAUGACGUUAACUGGUCAAGCUAUGGCCUUGCAUUCCCGUCCACGUUUAAAUCCUGUUCCAUCUGUUGUCAAUCGUUUGUCUGAUCGGCCCAUUAGGAAGGUAGCUGCCGAUACUCUUGUUGCUGCCCGUGAUUAUGCUCAAAGUCGUCUUAAAUGGCUGUUGGUUUUAGUUGACGAUCCGGUGCAGGUAGUUCAUCCUGAUGUUGUACUCGACGAUGGCGAAGUGAAGCGUCUGGUUCGUCGGCAUUUCGUCCUCUGGGAAGUGGAAAGUUCCAGCUUGGAGGGAAGAGAUUUCAUCACAUUAUAUCAUUGCGUAAAGCUGCCCCGCUUGAGUAUUCUCGAUCCACGCACUGGCGAGGAAAUCUGGAGCUCGUCGCGUCUUAAACUAGGAAAUGUUUUGGCUAGCCUGCAGCAUUUCCUGAAAGUGCAUCGUAGUUUUGCUCAAUAUGUCGAUUCGUCGAAGAUUUCUGAAUUGGCCUCGAGCUCUACAACGUGUCCGGAGAUGGUCGAUGGUCUAACCGAUUCACAAUUGGGCAAACGGCAAGAUGAAUUGACCACGUUGAAGCUGCAUUUCCUCAGUGCUUCCGGUGAGGAUGAGCAAACGUUAUUCCGCUGGCCUUCUGAUACAAAAUUGCAGAAAUUGCGUCUGCAUAUCUGUGAAAACUUACAACACAUUCCGCAAGAGGGUUACAAAUUGAUAUGCUUGCAGCCCCGUCUCACCUUGGAAACGAUUGAUGAUCAGUCCACUCUUGAGCAAUUGGGUUUACAUCCAUCGGCCAAUUUGCACUUGACAUUUGACAAUGGUUGCAAUUCGAAUAAGAUUGAAGCUAUAAAUGAUUAA